AUGAAUUCCGAUGUUUUUUUGGAUGCCAGUAAUGACGUCUCGAUUCUGACCAAUUCGUGCACAUCAUUACGGACCACGUCAAGACACUACACUCCAAUUCAAUCAUGUCAAAUUAAUCUGGGUCUGAAUUCGGCCAAAAUCCAAGAGCCGCUUUUCCUGCGAAAAUGUCGAAUAUCGAAAGCGCAAAUCGGAUGCGCGCCGCCCGAAAUUUGUCCGCUGAUGAACGGCGAGUUGUGGACGUGCAAUCGGAAGCACCACGCGCAAUCGAUCCUGCUAGCCGGUCUCGAUUCGCCGACGUUUUGCGUGCGAUAUUUGGCGAUCAACACACGCCAUAUUGGCCGAAAAAUUCUCAUAUGUCAAUCGCCGAUGAAUAACAUCAUUUUCGUGGCGAGACCCGCAAUCCAGCCAGUGAUUCAAACGCAGAUUACUGACUCGUCGGAGACGGUCAAAUUGAUGUUGAGUCCGGAAAGAGCCAACAUUGCCCAAAAAUUGAUACCCAAUUGGCGGACGGUGACAUUCACACUAGCUUUUGGCAAACAUAUCGCCGUCAAAUUUCGUGUGUUCGAUGUGAAAAAACAGGAGGUCCAAUAUGUGAAGGCGGUUCGAGAGCGCGGCAAGCGCGUCCCGACGAGCACACUGCAUCGCGUCGAGCCGAUUCAGAAAAUCGAGUUUUGGAGAAGCGCCAAACCGCAUAGUCUCAUUUUGUCGACCGUUGAACAAUGCGAUCCCGAAUUGGUCAAACGAGUAUUCAUUGAUCACACUGGAGCUCCCCAAGUACACGAUUUAUAG